CCCAUCACUGUUCUUCCCAAACAAAUUUCAAAGAUGCCCCCUCCCAUUGAGAGGAGCAAAAUCUCCAAAGCUCCAAUCCAACUCUCUUCUCCAUUAUCAAAAUCAAUGGACUCUAGAAAACCCACCAAUAGAAAUUCUCGCAAAAGCCAUAAGCAAGGCUUUAGAAGCUUCUUCUCAUGCAAAUAUCAUGAAACUGCAGUCGAAGUUGAGAAGAAGAAGAAGAAGAAAAUAGUGAGGAAAAUAGGGUGGUCUAGUUCUCUCUGUAACUCAAGAGAGAGCUCUAAGGUGAUGCAAGAAAAUUGUGAAAAUGUUGAAGGGACUUCUUCCUCCUCCUCUUCUUUCUCUGCUUCUUCAUCAAAUAAUAAUUUAUCGGUUUCGAUAACUUCUUCUUCUUCUUCAUCUUCACUUGGUGGGCCUUUUAGAGGAAUGCAUUUAAGGAAGUUUUCAGGGUGUUAUGAGUCAAAUGGGGUCUCAAAGGUGCCUUCUCUUGUAAGUGGUGCCUUUCCUUGCUCUGAUUGUGGGGAGAUUUUCACAAAAUCAGUAAGUUUAGAGGUCCAUCAAGCAGUUAAACAUGCAGUAUCAGAACUCGAAUCUGAAGGCACCAGCUGUAAAAUUGUAGAAAUCAUCUUCAAAUCAAGCUGGCUGAAGGAAAAACCUCCAACAUGCAAAAUUGAGAGAAUCCUCAAAAUUCGACACUCUCAGAAAACAUUCACAGAAUUUGAAUCCUACAGAGACUCCAUAAAAACCAAAGCAAAUAAGCUCACAAGGAAGCACCAAAGAUGCAUUGCAGAUGGAAAUGAGCUCCUAAGGUUCUAUUGCACCUCUUUCAGCUGCUUCCUCGGUCACAGCGGAUCUACAGGCCUCUGCAUCUCAGUUCAAAGUUGCAAACUUUGCAGCAUUAUAAAAGAUGGGUUUAAGCUUGAUGAGCUUGGUAAAAUCAGAACAAUGGCCACUAGUGGGCAAGCACACGAUGCUGCUAAAAUCGAAGAAGAUGGAGAAGAACGAGCAAUGCUUGUGUGCAGAGUGAUUGCGGGGAGAGUGAAGAAGAAGAACGAAGAAGGCAAUUUAGAGGAAUUUGACUCGGUUUCUAGUAAUAUAGGAGUUUACUCUAGUUUGGAUGAGUUGCUUGUGUUUCAUCCUGAAGCAAUACUUCCAUGCUUUGUCAUCAUCUACAGAAGUUUUCAGUUCUAGAAUUUUCAACUAGAGAAAUUAAAUUUCUUGUUUUGGUUUACAAAACAAGUUUGUUUCUAACAAUUUCAUCUAGUAUUCCUUACAAUGAUGUCAGUUAGUUCUCAUGUAUAAAUUGGCAUAUUAGUUUGAAGGUUCU